GUUGGAUAAAAUUUCUCAGAGUAUCGUACCAGGGAGACGCUGUUUCUCAAGACAUUCCUAAACAACAAGUCAUACACAAUAUAUUUUGCCUUCCCGUCAGACUGACGGAUGGCCCCCAAAUAUGGUAAACUCGUUCCGGUCCCCAGGAGGAGCAAAUCCAAAAUGGCGGACAAGGAACAGUGUGUUCGAGAGUUUUCGUCGUUUUUGAGUCGCACUGCACGCGAAAUGGAGGGAGUAUUGUGUCAGUUAAAGUGGAGGAAGGAAAACCUGAUGAAAAAGGUCAGAAAUUCAAUGUUAGUACACUGUCCAAUUAACCCGAGUCACAGGAUACCAGCAUCAAGGCUAGACAAACACUUAAAUGUUUGUAGAUACACAUCCAAGGACAUACGACCACAGGAUGUUUGCUCCAGCCCGGAAUUCUUCUACCAGUCAUCCAGUGCUGUGAUUCCCGUCUUCAUAGAUGAAGAAAAGCACAGUUCCUUCAAGAAUGAAAGUAAUAGGUGUGAACUGAAUGAAGAGCCAGACAAAAGCUCCAAUAGUAAGGCUAACCCAGUGUGUUGUAGUAAUGGCAAAUCACUAGAGGAAAGACUAGCAAGCAGCAAACAGAAUAUUCUCAGCAAGAACCAAGAUACACACAGUGGUUUUAUGGAUAAUAGAAGAUCAAUAAUGGCCUGGGAGGUGAUACCAGCCUCUCACAGACGACUUAAGCUUCAUCUUGUGCCACAAGAGAAAAUUAAGACCUGGAUCAUCCAGAAUUUGCCUCAAGUUGAAUAUCUGAGCUCUCUAGAGGGUGCUAGCAAUCGUCUGGUGAAUUUUGUGUUAUCCUGUCUUCAAGAGGAGAAGGUUGCUCAUCCAAGUGGUAUGGAAGAGAUGCUUAAGGAUCUUCUUGGAAAUGGUGAGAAGCUGGAACUUUCUCUAUACAAGCUCCAGACCCUGGGAAUGAGGUUGACUCCUGGGUCCAACCCAUUUACUAUUAUAAAAGUCACUGUUAUAAAUUAUUUUGUUUAUCGCAGCUCUCUAGAGGGUGCUAGCAAUCGUCUGGUGAAUUUUGUGUUAUCCUGUCUUCAAGAGGAGAAGGUUGCUCAUCCAAGUGGUAUGGAAGAGAUGCUUAAGGAUCUUCUUGGAAAUGAAACACAGUCAUUCGUUUUGAGCUUGUGGAAAUUUCUUGCUGUUUCAAUCUCAGCCGAAGAGAACAACGCCAAGCAGUCCAGCAUAGAGAACAGAAGGCAAGAACCCUUGGAUCUCAACACUACAGACACCGCAGACACUCAUGAACCACUACCUGUUGAAAACUAUGUAAAGGAAAUACCCCUUCCCAUGGACCGGGUGAUAAAUGAGUUAUCGCCUCAGCAGCGGCUUGCCGUGUAUGAACAUGUGAUACAGAAGUCGAAGGCCAAACGUGAAGGUCAGAAGGAAGAGGUAGAUUUGGAAGUCGCUUCUGACCCAAACAAUGACAAAGAUGCUGAAGGCGGACAGCCUAAAUCUCGGUUUGAAGUGUUAGCUGAACAGCGUGAUUACAAGAGACGCCGGCAGAGUUACCGAGCGAAGAACGUGCACAUCACCAAAAGGAGUGCAGUGGAGGUAAUGCGUGACUUGAUCGAGACGCAAAUGCAAGUCUUGGAGAUGCAGUACAAAGACGAACAUGGCAUCAGUGAUAAUAAUCCAGACGAAGAGGAUGCCUCUGAAGAGAGACAGGACAGUAGAGACCAAAAAGACAAUACAAGAAAGGACAGUAGAGGCGAGGAAGGGAGAUGGAGGAAAGACAAAAAACAACACAGAGAGGGAGGCAAACGGGUGCGAUAUCACGACGACAGGGAUACAGGCAGCAAGAGAUCGAGAAGAUAACACUGAAUUUUGCAAUGGGAGAAUGAGUUCUGGUCUUACUCACAAGCGCGUUUACUCAUUGGGAGCUGUCGUAGAUAUGUAUCAACUCCGAGAGCAUCGAUGUUGACUCAACUUGAGGCCAGAUUCUGCCUUUUGCAUCCUUUGAAUUGACAUAAAAAAGGUCUCAUUUGCCUUGCAAAAAAGAGUGUCUAUUGAGUAAUUACUGACAGUAAUCCAAAAUCGCUGGGAGUAGGGGUGAGGUGGGGUUGUAGGUAUGUAACCUGUAAAUACCCCCACCCUCACCACCCUCUCCGGUUACCCUCACGGUAGAAAAUUUAGAAACUCGUUAUUUAGCGAUGUUUAUGUGGCAUGCUCAAAUGUUUCAGUACUUGCAACAGAUCUGGUAUAUUCACCCAUCGUUAAAGAGUCAAACUUCGUGGCAUGCAAUCCACAAAUCUCGCAAUCUGAUUGGCUAAUUUGCCGUUGUCGAUAAGAGUCAAGACAACGCUGCUCGCGUCAAUGU